CAUUUAAAAGGCGGGCUCGAAGUGCUCGAACCAGACAUUAUACGCGCGUGCAAAACAGUGUUUAUUCCGAAAUAUGUCAGCCGGUUCUUGAUGUUCGGUUUCAACGCGAAAUAACGCGAAAGAUAAAUCAUGAUUAUGAUCGAGCGACGCCCACUACGGAAGCGAUUCUUAUAAGACGGUAUAUGAGCGAGUCGAUUUAUCGUAAACACUGGAAUUCGUGCGUCCAGUCGUUUAGGUUAUCUCCCUCAUCGUCGUUCGGAUUUCUCUCUUCUUUCCUUUUCUCUUUUUUUUUUCCUUUAAAUGGAAGAAACCGCGCCUAAUUCACCAAAAUCACAAUUAGGAGAAAACAGUUGCGUUAACGAGUCAAAUGUUGAUACGAUCUACAGUGACAAUAACACGGAACGUCAUGGGGAGUGCACGCCGCAACAAUCCGAGAAAUGCAUCAACAAUUCUAUUUUCAAUACCAUUUCCAAGAUCGUUAAUCCCACCACAAAGGUACCAGAUAUACAGGAUUUUAAGAUAGUUAAGCCGAUAAGUAGAGGAGCAUUUGGUAAAGUAUUUUUAGGUUACAAGAAAACCAAUCCUGAACAGAUAUACGCAAUUAAAGUAAUGAAGAAGAACGAGAUGAUAAAUAAAAAUAUGGCAUCGCAAGUGGUAAUUGAGCGCAAUGCGUUAGCUCUGACUCGUAGUCCAUAUUGCGUGCAACUCUUUUAUUCGCUGCAGUCCAUCAGCAGCGUGUAUCUAGUCAUGGAGUACAUGGUGGGCGGCGAUCUCAAGAGUCUACUUGGCGUUUAUGGUUUUAUGGAGGAAUCCAUGGCGGCAUUUUACACGGCGGAAGUUUGCCUAGCGCUUGAAUAUCUUCACUCGCACGGUAUUGUGCACAGGGAUCUCAAACCAGACAACAUGCUUCUCUCACGCGAAGGACACGUCAAGCUUACGGACUUCGGACUCAGUCAGAUAUCAUCAUUUCACAGGGAUCUCGAAAUAUCAGAUCUAAUGAAUCCUUUGACUCCCAGCUUGUGCACUAGGACGCCUGGCCAGCUGCUUUCACUAACAUCUCAUCUGUCUUUUGGUUCUGGUCAAAAAUCUACCAACGAAUCGAUUGUCAGUGACAGGAGCACACCAGCCAUGAAUUUACUUUCUGCUUUGCAAAGAAAUUGCAAUCUUAAAUCCGCAGAGCAUAUGUCGCCGAAUUCGGUCAUAUCCUCUGUCGCGUCCGGAGAUUAUUCUCGAAUAUCUGGCGUUACACCUUUUCAAUCGGCGGAGGAUUUGCGCUUCGAGCAAAGUAACGAGGAACAAAGUACAGAAGAGGAGGACGGCACCAUUGAAAAGCGCGAUGGUCUGGAUAGCUCUAGUAGUUAUCACACCUGCGAGGCAUCUUCUAGCACACAAACAAAUAAUCAUACCGAUCAGAAUGCAGAAGAGGAAGGAGAAGAAGAGAAAGACGAAUCUACGCUCGAGGCCGAACAAUCGCAGCAUCGGUCUCUUGGACAUACUAGUCCUGUAAGCACUUGCACGAAUUCAUUCAUGAUUCGAGGAUCAAAGAAAAGAAAGCGAGACUGCGCAAGUGCAACAACGGGAUUAACGUGUGAGAUCGACGCGAUAGACCUGGAUGUCGUUAAGACACCCAAAAGAAGCAACCGUGACUCUAUAUUUCCUGACACGAGUCCAACAAUUAACGUUGUUUCCACAAAAGCAGCGGAUAUCAUUGCUGGUUUAGCGGAAAACGAUGGGAACAAGACACCGAAUCAGGACACCGAGCAGAAUACUGGAUCUACGGGUAGAGUAGCUUUUAGCACACCAGUAUCCUCCGCUAGGCAAAGAGAUCGCAAUGAGAAGCAGCAAAAGUACCAGGAAGAGGAUGACGCGAGAAUUUUGAUUAAGACGAGAUUUCGCUUACCAUCCACUUCGCAUUCCACUCAUGAUCCGCACACGGAUUCGGACAACACGUCCGAGGGUCAUCGAUCGCCCCAGGGUAUUUCGCCCAUCAAAACACCCGCGACGUCGGGCAACUGUUACACGCCCUAUAGAACACCCAAGUCCGUUAGACGGGGCGGCCAGGGUGGCGCCAACAGAUCAGACGACCGCAUACUCGGCACGCCCGAUUACCUCGCCCCGGAAUUGUUGCUUAAACAGGGUCACGGACCGGCCGUUGACUGGUGGGCAUUAGGCGUCUGUCUGUACGAAUUCUGCACGGGCUUGCCGCCGUUCAAUGACGAAACGCCGCAAGCAGUAUUCGCGAACAUUCUUGCACGCGAUGUUCCAUGGCCCGAGGAUGAGGAGGCACUAUCGUCGGCAGCGACCGAUGCUAUCGACGCAUUGCUCACCUUGGAUCAAACUUCUCGUCCCACAGCGAGGGAGGUGCGUACCAUGACUCUCUUCUGCGACUUCCCCUGGGACGAAUCGUUGAAAGCGGUACCCCCGUUCAUUCCGCAGCCGGACGAUAAGUAUGAUACGUGCUAUUUUCAGACGCGGAAUACUAUGCAGCAAUUGAAUGUUAGUAAUUGCGAUACAUAGUCUUCGGCGUAUCGUGUGCAGACGUGGCAGAAACA